AUGUAUGUGAAAUGGUUUGAUACAGUAAUGUUUUACUAUGUGAUUUUAGUGUAUUUAUAAUGUCACUUUUUGACAUUUUCAAAUUUCCCGCCAUUCCGUCCCCCGUACGUCCCGACGUCGCAGGGGAUGGAACCCGGAAGACAGAUGCCUACAUUGCCGGGGACACUGCAGGAGGGACAAGGUAAGAGAAGAACAGAUCCCAGAGCAGCGCUGCAUGGUAAGCCCGAGUGUAGCUCGGGGUUGCCGCUUUUGCUACACUCGGGAAUACCGCCAGGGGGGUUA